AGAGUUUUUGAGAGAAAUGGCUUUUAUUGCACGGUUGUGCUUGCUCUUCCUUUUGCUCACAUCUGCGGAUAUGUGUUUUGCAACGAACAACCCUAAAGAGGACCUAAACAACACAGAUGACUACCCAGACCCAGGGCCCAAUCCUAAACAUAAUCCUCAUCCACCUCCUCCUCCAGAGAACCGAAAGAUGAAGAUCAGUGUGGAUGAUGAUCACCCAGGAACAGGGCCUAGCCCUAAGCCCUUCCCAUUUGGUGAAUGAAAGAAAACCCUCUUUUAGAAUUCAUUGUGAUCUAAUCCAUCUCAUGGAUUAAUGGUGAUGUAAAAUCAACCUUCAUCUUAAAAAGG